AUGUUAUCACGCUUUCCUUUCCAGUUACUCAUAGCCCUCAUCGGGGUUGGUGUGUCUAUCACAGCUUGCGCUGAGACAAGUUCGACUUGCGAUGCCCUCUGCUUAGAGACGGUGCAAAAUGGCAACUCGUGGGAAAUCGACCAGCAUGCCUCGCGUGAUUUCUCAUUCUACCAAGCCCCUUCCAACUUUUCUUCCAAGCUUUCUCCCGGAAGUAUCCUCACUGUCGAGCCGGUGACCGAGCUCGCGAACUACAGUAUUCCUAGUGGUCUCACUAUGUCUCGGAUCAUUUACACCACCAACGAUCAAAACGGUACUACUCUCCCGACUUCUGCAUAUAUCCUAUGGCCGUAUACACCACUCGAAAUCCCCGGCAAAGGAUAUCCAAUGGUGGCAUGGGCUCAUGGUACCUCUGGCGUACUCAGAGGGUGUGCACCAAGUAACUACCGCAACCUUCAGUACCACUUCCAGGCUCCCUUCACCCUUGCUCUUCAAGGCAUGGUGGUUGUAGCACCAGACUAUGCCGGACUCGGCGUCGACACUUUGCCCAAUGGACAAAAGAUAGGACAUCCUUGGCUAAACGGACCAGCGCAAGCCAACGAUCUCGCCAACGCCAUCAUAGCCGCCCGAAAAGCAUUUCCCAGUAUUCUGACAGCGAACGGCCCCUUCGUCGCCAUGGGCCAUUCUCAAGGUGGAGGAGCAACUUGGGCUUUUGCAGAGAAACAGGUCAAGGAACCAAUUGCUGGAUACAAGGGCUCUGUUGCAAUUGCACCCACUACGCGGACAAUCGACCAUCUCAAAGACGCUUUCAGUAACAUCACCGAGCCUUGGGCUCAGGUAAUCAUUGCCGGGCAGCCAAAACUUAUUUCUGCAGUGACAGCCGCCUUCCCUGCGUAUAACUAUACUGGUUUGACUCCUGUGUCCUACGAUAGAUGGUUCAAUGUCCUGGAGCCCUUGGAUGGGUGCUUACCCACAGACGCUCUUGCCUUUACCAAUGUAACCACCGACGAACUAGCUGUUCCCAACUGGUAUGACUCCCCCACGGUUCAGGAAUAUGCCAAAUUGUCAGAAAGUGGUCGAAAACAAUUCAAGGGUCCAUUACUCAUCAUCUCCGGCGAAGCGGACAUUGUGGUUCCUCUCUUCGACGCGGUCGAGCCUGCGGUAGACGACACUUGCACGAUGUUGAAGCAGGAACAUUGGAGUGAGUCACUGGAGUUAGUCACUUACUCAGCUAUGGAUCAUUUCCCCAGCAUUCAGGCUAGUCAGAUGAAGUGGCUGCCAUGGAUUAAAGAUCGGUUGACUGGCACACCGGCACCAAAAGCUGGAUGUGUCAAAAGUGCGGUGAAUGGAUUCCGUACAGCCGACACUUUCCAGACUGCAUAUCCAAACUUUCUGGAGGGUUGGGCUAGUGUCGAAGAGAGCUGGAAAUAUGGUCUCUGA